UUCCGUGGUGCUAGUUCGCGAUGCUAGAGGUUAUUCAUGGAAGCAAAGGGGAAUGCUGAAAAUGUCCAACACAGUAAAAAAAGUGAGACAAGGGGAAAAACUGCCCCUGAAAUCCAGAGGAAUCCAGAGCAAGGCAUCUCAUGAUCUCAGGAGGCUUCAGUCCCUGCUUGCCAAAACCGGCCCCAGAAAGGAGGUGGCAGAGUUGAGUCACAGUAAAGGACGCAGCAGUGGAGCCAGCAGAACACAGAGCCUGCAUCAUCAAAAAGACACCGACAGACACAGGGGCGAGAGCGACAUCAACUGUGAGGCCUCUGAACUGGAAAAAUUCAGCAUAACAUACAGAGACCAAAGAUGCUUCAGUGGCCACCCAAUGCAUAGACUCUUCUCCGACAUCCUCGUGUCUUUGGUCAAGAACCGGCUCUGCAGUGAAUGGACUGACCAUGCAACACCUGAAUCAGUCCUUAGGGUUCUCAUCUGUCUACGAUUAUUGAUCAGAGAUCCUCACCAUCAGAAAAUCCUCCAUCAGCUCCAGGGCAUCAGUUUACUCGCCAAGUAUAUGGAGUCUGUCGCCGCCGUGUACAUAUCUUGCGGCGAACAGGCGUUUUCGUUGCAGAAACUGGUCACAAUGACCUACAUGUUUCAGAAGCUGUCUGCCGUUGAAAAUCAAAGGGCUUGGGUCAUCGAGAGCGGUGCUCACAAGACCCUGGUGAAGCUCCUCUCCACAACAGACAGCAGGGUGCUGCUGGGAGCCCUGCUGGCACUCAGCACUUUGGCUGAGAGCCCAGAGUGCAAGGAGGAGAUUGGGGAGCUACCGAUAGUGGAGAACCUACUUGUGAUACUGCAGGAAUAUGACCUGCUGUCAAAGAGGAUAAGUGCAGAGCUGCUGAGGCUCCUGUCUCCAGUGCAGCGGGUGAGGGACCAGGUGAGGGAGCUGGAGGGGCUGCCCGUGCUGCUUAGCCUGCUGCAUGGCCAGCACCUGAAGCUGCUGUGGAGCCUCGCCUGGGUCCUGGUCCAGCUCUGCGAGGAUCCCGACACCAGGACGGAGAUCCGGAGCUGGGGAGGGGUGCAGCAGCUGCUUUGGCUGCUGAACAGCGACCGGCAGUAUGUCUCUGACCGCUCCUCAAUCGAGACGCUCUCCAGCGCCAACGCCGCCGGUCGCGUCCAGAGAGAUUACAUCAGAGAGGAGCUCAGCCCACAGGAGGAGUCGGACAACACCAUGGCCCUGCAGUCAGCCUGCUGUACAGCCUUGACUGAGCUUAGUCUGGAUGACACAGCUGCUCAACACAUUGUGCAUGAAAAUGGGGUCCACAUUAUCGCAAAGUUGAUUUUACCACAAAACUCUGGGGCAAAGGUCACAUCUUUACAGUGCUAUGCAUUUCGGACCCUCCGAUUUCUCUUUAGUGUGGAAAGAAACAGGCACCUGUUUAAGAGACUCUUUCCCACAGACCUCUUUGAGUUGUUUAUUGAUGUUGGCCACUAUGUGCGGGACCUCACAGCCUAUGAGGCACUGCGAACCAAAGUUUCACUCUACACUGAAGAGGAACUGGACAGUCUGAGAGAGAGCAUCGAGGCUGCGGACCAGAACCGAAUUCCCCUUAAAGUCAUCAACGGUUACUCUGUACUGGACCAUUUGGGCACCGGGGCAUUUGGAAGCGUCUUCAAGGUCCAAAAGCAGAGUGGCCAGAACCUCCUGGCUCUGAAGGAGGUGAACCUGCACAACCCGGCCUUUGGCAAGGACAAGAGGUCCAGAGACAGCAACGUGGAGAAAAUCAUCUCUGAGCUAACAAUCAUCAAGGAACAGAUGACACACCCAAACAUUGUUAAAUAUUACAAGACGUUUUUGGAAGGUGACAAGCUGUACAUUGUGAUGGAGCUGAUCGAGGGAGUGCCGCUGGCUGAGCAUUUUAACUCCCUGAAGGAGAAGCAGCAGCAGUUUGACGAAGACAGAGUGUGGAAUAUAUUCAUACAGAUGUGCCUGGCACUGAGGUACCUGCACAAGGAGAAGAGAAUAGUCCACCGCGACCUCACGCCGAACAACAUCAUGCUGGGGGAGAGGGACAAAGUCACCAUCACUGACUUCGGCCUGGCUAAGCAGAAGCAGGAGAACAGCAAGCUGACGUCAGUGGUUGGCACCAUCCUUUACUCCUGUCCAGAGGUGGUGAAGAACGAGCCGUAUGGAGAGAAAGCUGACAUCUGGGCUUUAGGCUGUGUCCUCUACCAGAUGGCCGCUUUACACCCUCCGUUCUACAGCAGCAACAUGCUGUCACUGGCCAGCAAGAUCGUCGAGGCCGUCUAUGAGCCGAUCGAAGGAGGCGCUUUCUCGGAGAGAGUGACGGACAUGAUCAGAUGGUGUUUGAGUCCAGACGCAGACCAGCGGCCGGACAUUGUGGGCGUCAGCUCCAGGAUCUCUGACCUCAUGAUGAGGCUGAUGGACAGCCUCUACACCUCCCAGAAUGCACUGGAGCGAAGGGCAGAGAGAGACAGGAAGCGAGCCCAGAAGUACUUCCUGGAGAGGCACAAAAGUGGGACGAACCGCUGCCUCUCAAACCUGUCGCGGGUAAUUGAGAUCAUUUGAAAAUCUGAAAGCAUGCCCUCGAUGACAGCUUUGAUGGGUAUUAAGAUGUUGCAAAAGUUACAUGCUUCAACCGUUAAUAGGGGAUUUGGGGAUUACGCUGCAGCAAAGAUAAAACCAAGACCAGUGUCAGCAGGGAUCUGUGUCUCCCAGAAGAAGCUUCGACAGAUUGAUGAUCCCAGCCAGAGGCUCCUCGUGCAGCUGCACAAAAUCAUCUGCAUCUCCCAACUUCCGCCAGCUCCGCACCACAACAUCAAACGACGGGUUGUUGAAAGAUUUAAAAAAUCUCUAUUCCACCACAGAAGCGAUCCGUACGGCCUAAAAGUGGAGCUCAGCAAGCUCCUCCAGGCCUCUCCGGAGCCGAUGGAAUUAGGCCCAGCCGGCUCGGACUGGUGGCCUCUGGUCCACCACUUCUCAGGAGACACCCUCGCCGCUGACAGAGCAGGUGAUAGGGAUCUCAAAGAGGGAGUUACCUAUCAGCAGAUGCAGGGGAUCAUAGAGGAGCUGCUGGAGGAGAACAGCUACUAUGACGCAACAAACAGCAGGGUGACGGAGAAAAGAAAUGACCCUGAAAAGAAGUGACCAUCGUCACAGGAUUCAUCCUGAUAAGUCCCAGAGCCGGCUGGAGAAACUUUACUGAAUGUAUCUCAGCGUGUUCACAUUCGCAUCAGCCUGAGCUCACAGCGAUAUUCUGCAUGUGCACCUGAAAUGUUAUUAGUCUCAUUUAAAAUCUCUUCAUACAUAAUUCACUUAUUCAACAUACAAACCUACGAAAAUCAUAAGUACAAACGUGUUUUAGUUUCUACUUAAUCUGUUGACAACUUGGCAGGUUCUCGUUGUCACAAGGCUGGUGUGUCCACAACACACCACACUCCUCACUGCUUCUCCGGCGCUGACUAUUGAAGAAAUGUGAUGUGACUGCGCUAAUCUCCAAAGAUAAUUCUUAUAAAGUGUUUGCCUGUGCUUCUAAUUAAGGUUGAAGUGGAUUUGUAUUUAUUUCUUUGAGCUCAAGUUCAAAAUUCAAAGCCUGCCAGUGUUCGACCCAUUACAAGCUUCUCAAGUCAAAGCGAACUGGCCUCCAAACUGCAUGAAACACACACACACACACACACACACACACACACACACACACACACACACACAGACAGGCAGAGAAAAAAAAACGGACUUAACAGGCACCACUAUCCAAAGCUUUUUAUCUGUGGGGUUCAGCCGCUCGGCUCGUGUGAAACUUUGUGAUUUGUUUUUUCAGGUUUGUCUGAGUUUAGCGCUUUAGGAUCUCAGGACCGGACUCGGCGGUUUGACUGUUUUAACUCCCCGCAGCAUGUGUUUCAAGUGGCCGCGAGCCAGUUUUCCUUGUUUCACGUCGCUUUCAAAGAGCUGAUCAGAAACCAGGCCUUCACCUUAAUUCAACGCCGGUUUUUAAAACCUAUCGCAGCUUUGGCAGACGAGAAAAACCAGGUCAAAUGUACACGUACUCUGAAAUACUGUUAUAAUUUAAAUAUAAUGAACAUCUAAAACAAUUUUUUUUAAAUGAAAUUUACUGUGCAUUUUUGUCAUUUUGAAGAGCUGAGGGCAGAUGAAAAUUAGCUUACUCGUGCACUUUGAUCCCAAAGGGAAUUGUCAGUAUCCUCUGUACAAAGAAUAUUGAGCUAUUUUAAAAUGAUAUAUUAAACAAAA